CUUUUAGAGAUGAAUCAGACAGCCAUGGUGGAGUUCAUUCUCUUGGGACUCACUAGCAAUCACUGUUUGGAGAUCAUCCUAUUUGCCAUUCUCUUUGUUGCCUUCCUCCUGAUCCUCCUUGGAAACAUCGCUGUCAUCACCAUCACACUGGUGGACCAACACCUUUACAUGCCCAUGUAUUUCUUUCUCAGGAAUUUCUCCCUUGUGGAAAUUUGCUUCACAUCUACCUUCAUGCUGAGGACGCUCUAAAGCCUCCUCACAGGAGCAAAACCAGUUUCCCUCUCUGGAUGUUUUCUUCAGUUAUCUGUUGUCUUCAUCCUGGGUAUCUGCACUUUCUUCCAUGUAGCUCUCAUAUCCUUUGACUGCUGCAUGGCCAUCUGCCACCCUUUGCAUUAUACCACCUUCAUGAGCAAUAAGUUUUGUCUCCAGCUGGUGCUGGGCUGCUGGGUGGUGAGUUUCUACUUAAUGUUCUCCCCACUGACAAUUAUACUCCAUUUGCCAUUCUGCAGACCCAGCAUCAUCAACCACUUCUACUGUGAUAUAGCAGCACUGCUCCAGCUGUCCUGCACAGACACAGGCCUCAAUUAGAAAGUAAUGCUAGUGACAGGUGUUCUAAUAUUACCUGGCACUUUAUCAUCUUCAGAAAGCAGGAAGAAAGCCUUUUUCACAUGCUCUGCUCAUCUCAUUGUGGUCACCAUUCUGUACAGCAGCUCCAUCACAAGGUACCUCCAACCAAGCCAGUGGGAAUUGGAUACAACCUUAGGAAACAACGCUUUAGCUCUGACCACUCCUCCCAUGGACGUGCUAUGUGGAGGAUCCCCUGAGAUAUAUUCAGAAUGCAGUGUAUGG